AUGAAGUUUCUCACCUUCGGCGCUGCUGCACUGCUGGGAGCGGCAUUCCAGUCGUUCAGCACAUCGCCCGACCGCGUCGCGCAGUGCCGUGCGGAAUCCACCUUCGAAACAAAGUUCAAGCCGUUCGUGCUAGGUGAGGUGGUGAACCUCGCCGAGGAUGUCGCCGUCUUCCGCUUCCUGCUGCCUAGCGCCGACACCACGUUCGACCUCACGCCGUGCAGCACGCUCCAGGGCUGCAUCAAGCAGGGUGGGAAUAUCGUCGACCAGCCGAUGCGCUUCUACACGCCAAUCACACCCAAUGGCACCAAGGGCUACUUCGACCUUCUCGUCAAGAAGCAGCCGCGCGGCCGCUUCACCGAGCAUCUGUUCUCCAUGAACGUCGGCGAGCCGCUACUCUUCCGCGUGGUGCAGUACAAGCUGCAGUACAAGCGAAACAAGUGGGCGGAGGUCGGCAUGAUUGGAGGCGGUACAGGCAUCUGCCCGCUGCUGCAGUUCAUGAACGCCUCGCUCGACAUGCCAGGCGACAACACUAAACUCUCACUGCUGUUCGCCAAUAAAUCAGAGAACAAAAUACUUCUCAAGGGCAUGCUUGAUAAGAAGGCUGUGGAGUUUGCUGAUCGUCUGAAGGUGCACUACACGGUCGACGCGGUCGAGAAUCCCGAAAACAAUUACAAUGGUUUUACUGGCUACAUCACAGAGGAAAUGUUGAGGGAAACGAUGCCGAAGCCAUCGCUGAGCAACUUGAUUCUUGUGUGCGGCCCCGAUCAGAUGAUGGCGCGGGUCGUCGGUGCCCCGCCAAGCGUACUCAAGGCGAUGAGCAGCGGCAAUGCGUACCAGCCAGCAGGAACGGUGCUGAACAACGCGGCUGAUGUGGAGGGCAUCCUUGGCAAGCUUGGCUAUACGAAGGACAUGGUCUACCGCUUCUAG